ACGGACGCAAGUCUAGUCGUGUCGGUGUUUCUCGUCACGGUCGAUGUGGCACAAAUAUGCACUCGAACUCGGGUGGGCAGAAAGCAUUUGAUAAUAUAUCUUUGCCAAAGCCUCACAGGCAAGGGCUAGAAGUGCUUCGACGUUGGAUCCAGCACUACUCAUGGGAUCUGGAGGGAAGUCCGUCCGUCAGACAGGAAAUCAGGUUAUUUUUGUUGCAGCUACAGGAUUCUGGCUCAACGUACACUGUUUGUGCAGAAAUUUUGAACAACCUUUUAGGAGAGCAGGAUGGCAGGGGUUCUAGGAGACGGUCAGGGCUUGGGAUCAUGGGAGAACGAGAUGUUUGGGAAGAGUAUGCAAAGGCAAAGCAACAAAUUUUGUCUGGUUGUCUUCCUUGCACUUCAGGUGAUGCAGCUAAGCUGGCAGCUCUGAUCAUGAUAAUUGAUAGCUUGGCAAUGGCCGGACAUGAAGGUGGGAAAGAGCGCAGUCUUGGAGCGAUCAGUGAGGAUGUGUGUGAAGCUGUUGAGGCAAAGGCUUUGAAGAAUUCUCAAUCACACCUGAAACUGAUUGGUCGCAGAAUAUCAAAACUUGCUCUUCCUCUUCGUAACACUGACAGUAAUCCAGAUUAUUCUGUUUCUAAACUCAAAGUCUAUCUUCCACCUGGAAUUGCGAAGGAUAGGAUGGUGCGUGAGGGAGUGGAACGGCACCACAAGCUGUUUGCCGCUGCAUUUACAGCUGAUCCUGAGGAAGCAGAAAUGCGUGCAAUGGAUCAGUACCUUGAGUUAUGUGGCCAACUUCCAGGCUAUGAUUGUCAGAUAUUUCAUCUCAAACAAGUAACUAAAAAGAAAAAGUGUCCUAGAAUUCUUGGUGUUGGCACCGAACAAGUUGUUAUUCUUGAUGAUACUGAGCAUCAUCUGAUCGCUAGCCACCCUAUCACAACUCUUAAUAUUCCUCAUUGGACUGAAAAAGAUGACAGCAACUUGAUUCAGCUUGACUUCAAAUUCCAGGAGUCGUACACAUUCACGACGCAGUCGAAGCCUGUAUUGAAGUCACUGAAGUUAGCUUUGGUUAAAGCAGUUCAAGAGGCACGAUCGAGUGCUGCAGAGGAGGCACACCAACCGGGAUUCUCAGAUGCAGUUGCUCUAGCUCGAUCAAAUGUACAUCAGUCUUCCGGUAAAGGCUCUCGACCUACAUGUGUUCGUAUACCGCUCGGUUGUAACCUGUCAGACCUCAAUGCGAUACUUGCCUUCCCUGAAGAGAUUGCGCGUCGUCUGACGGUGGUGGAGACGGCCAUCUACCGCAAGGUUCCGACCGCUUUCUACUUGCGACACGCCGUCUCGACGGGCGCCCGAAGAGUGGUCAGCUACAAGCACCCAACCGUUCAAGAUCUCAUCGAAAGAUUCGGAGAGGUGAUCAAUUGGGUGAGCGGUGUUGUAACGUCUGCCACGCGUGCCGAUGAGCGGCGCGUUCUGAUAUCCUCGCUGCUUCGCGUCGCCGUCGCCUGCAAGAAUCUGGGCAACUUUAUGGGUGUCAUGGAAAUUAUUUCUGGCCUAAGAUCGCAAAAUUUGGAGUCUUCGUGGUCUCUUUUGAGAGUAAAAGACAAACAGAUCUUCCGUUCUUUGUCGGAGGAGCUCAUUACGCAACUGGAUCUUUCUGGUUUGAUACAGCGACUUCAGAACGCUAGAAAGUUGAGCGGUGGCCGCGUUAUUGUCUACUUUGGCUGGCUGUUGAAGAGGAUAAAGGCGGUACUUUCAGCGGCACCGUCCGUCAUUCUGAACGAAGUCAGUUUGGAAGAACCGGAUCGCGGUUGUGUUGUGUUGGAACGAAUGGUGAACAUGGAGAAACUCAACGUCUUGCGCGGUAUUCUAGACGAAAUUCAAGCCGACGUCGAUGCCAUGCCCGAAACGGUGUUGGACGUAACACCUUGCGUCAUCGAGGACUUACCCGGUCUGGACAGUCUAGCCGACUCCGUGUCCGAACCCGAGUCCCUCUUCGUGGAAGAAGACGAACAAACCGAUUUCCCUCUGUUUCCUCUCCGUUCGACCGGUCUCGAUCUCUACAUCCUUCACCAACUCCACCACGGCUCGACGUUCGUUCGCUUCGAAGACGGCGGCAAUUCGCGAACGUCGGUGUGCAUCCUGAAACUGAUGAAGUGCAACUCGCAACUGAAAUGGAGCCGCGCAAGAUGGACCGCCGGCAAGGUCGAGCGUCACGACUCGGUCUAUUACACGGACAGGGCCGAGAACAACGGCGGCGGCGUUUCCGACGUCGCAUUCGAUCAGGGCUCCGUCUAUAUGUGGCACGUGCGAGAGAUACAAAAGGGCCAUCUACCGAAAGACGACAAGACGGUCAUUCGACGUCACGGCUUGUCGUGGCUCGAACCCGAUUGCUGUCUGAGCGUCGCGUACGGCUCGAGCGUCGCCGACGCCGGAUACGUACACCUGAUCGCUCCCGUCUCGAUCGUGCGCCUGUGGUACAACGCGCUCACGACUCUCCACCAAGCCGUGCGACAUCACGUGUCGCAGAACGACCAACGACCACUCUGGUUGCGUAAAGCGUAUCACCGGCUUUACAGAGACAGCAGCCAACGCCGAUUGCCGAGCGUCAGUCAGAGUUGCAGAGAGUUUCUCGGCAGUAAAGGUACCGGGAUGGCGUUUCUGAGCGAGGGGUCGCUCGCGUCGGAUUCGAUCUCGCCUCGAUCGAUACGAAAGCGGAGCGCACCACCGACGAGUUCUCUGUCUCGUGGACUGUCGACCAUCGACUCUUCGGACAAACUCUUCACUACGUCGCGGCGAGCGUCUCGCAAAGGCGAUGCGAAACGUCACGGACAGGUGGUUCACUACGAGGGCUUAAACGCGCGCGAAUGGUCGAAGUUCGAGCAGGACUACUCGCCCGACGACGCCGUCGAUUUUUCUAGAUUCUCCGAACUCUAUCAUCGAUUUCGUACGUGUUACCGAUCGGAUCUUCGGCUACUGUUUGGUACGUUCGCGAAUGUUCAGCAAGAGACGGAUGACGCGCGUGGCGAGAACGCGGAAGAGCCGCGUAUACCGCAAUCUAACAGCGACGACGGAAGAGCGAUACGAGCGGCUGCUCGGAUAUGGAAAGCGGCCACGUCGACGGCCGUCUCCACCUCGAUUUCUCUUCCCGCUGUCUCAAAAGAGGCGGAGAAAACGCAAGAAGAUCAACAUGAAGACGUGGCAGCCGCUGACGUCGCAACGAGUGAACCAACGACACCCGCCAAACCCGUGCUACAGCGAGAAAUAUCCGUCAGUUCGUCGCUGUCGCUUCGUUCAAUGGUUGGUCUCGCUCUUUCUUCGCAGCGCAAACUCAGCGCGACAGCGAAUGAGGCGAGGUCGAGAUGGAUCGUCGCCAGUCAGAAGAAACGAGCGGCAAGAAAGGACGGCAAUCGCGGCGCGUUGGCUGUGCAAUCGAGUCAGUCGUUAGUCGAGCAGUCUGAAGCUCAAGAGGAGGAGUUGCCGGUCACUUUUAUGAGCGUCGAUGAUCUGAGAUCGUUCAUGAAGGUGGAACAGAACGAAGAGUUGAGCGAAUCAGACUGUUUAGAGAUUAUCAAGAAAUACGAAAGAGACCCCGACAAUGUGGCUAAGAAUUGCCUGUCGUUGGAAGGCUGGAUUCGUUUUAUGAGCAGCGAUCAAAACUAUGCGUACGAAGUCGAGAAGCUCGUCGUCAAACAGGAAGAAAUGACGCACCCGCUGUCUCAUUAUUUCAUUGAGUCGUCGCACAACACGUACCUGACCGGGCACCAGUUGCGCGGCGAGUCUUCGGUCGAGAUCUACCGGCAGGUGUUGCUGACUGGUUGUCGGUGCGUCGAGUUGGACUGUUGGGACGGAGAAGACGGCAGUCCAGUUAUCUACCACGGCCACACGCUCACGACCAAGAUCAAAUUCAAGGAUGUUGUAGAGGCGAUCAACGAGACCGCUUUCAUAUCGUCACCGUAUCCUGUUGUGUUGUCGUUUGAGAACCACUGCUCCAUUCCUCAGCAACAAGAAAUGGCUCGUCUAUGCGAAGAAAUUUUUCAAGGGAAGCUGGUGAAGAAGUUUUUGUUCGAUAGUGAUGCUCGCUCUGAUCCCACCUUACCGUCUCCGGAAGAUCUAAAAUAUCGGAUAUUGCUCAAGAACAAGAAAAAGCAUUCAGUGUCGAGUCAGUUUACGACAGCAGUGAGCUCUAUUGCUGAAGGGCAAACAAGCACGAUUCUAGAGUUAGGGGAGCACGAGGCGGACGAAUUGGACGAAGACUAUGAUGAAGUCCCGGAUGGAGAAGACGGUAGGCUUCGUAGUCGAUCCGGCCCGCCGCAAGGCGACGACUUUAUCGAUUCCCGUCGCGAAGCGUCGUCCUACCAAGAUCCAUCCGACGUCACCUCCUACUCGAGCAUGAUGUCGCGAGAAGCGACGUACAAGCGGCAGAAAGAGACAAACAAAAUCGCAGACGAACUCUCGCGCCUCGUCGUCUACACCCAAGCGGUCAAGUUUGACCGUCUCGCCUCGCCACGAGAUCUCCACUCCCUGUCCUUGUCACCAUCGAAUGCCUGCGAUGACGCCGUCAGUAUCUACUCGCGACGCGACUCGACGACCUUCGGACGGGAACGGAGCGUGACGCCACUUAGCACGCGCCAGCGCUCGUCGAUGGACUUCAGUAUGAACACUGCGGCGUGUCGCACGCUGAAGAAGCGAGGGUCGGUGAGCGGCGACAUACGCAGUCGCGCGUCGUCGGUCAGUCGCGGGUCGAUGUGCAGCGAGACGUUCAGCAUAUCGAGUCAGCCGCCUCAGCAUUCGCCGUCGGGACUGUUGCACAGCGUGUCGAGCGCGCAAUUUGUCGACAUCGGGAGGUCGUCCGAAAUGCGCAAGGCGUUUCAGACGUCGUCGCUGGCGGAAAACUCGGCAAAGAAGCUGUGCAAGAAGCAGAGUUGCGAAGUCGUCAAGCACACGCAGUUGCAGCUCAUGCGCGUGUAUCCUGCCGCGAGACGCUUCGACUCGUCGAACUACGUUCCGAUGAUGUUCUGGCCUUGUGGGAUUCAACUUGUAGCUCUCAACUAUCAGACCGAAGACAUGGCCAUGCAACUCAAUCGCGCCAUGUUCACUCAGAAUGGAAGUUGCGGCUACGUUCUCAAACCGUACGCCAUGUGGAUGCGGACGCAAGACGAAUCGAUAGACUUCAGCAAGUUCAAUCCGUGGGAAGUCGAACGGGUCGGAUUGCCGCUCUUGACCGUGAACUUGGAGGUUAUUUCUGGUCAGUCAUUGUCUUCCAACUAUGGUGCGAGCUUGUACGUGGAAAUCGAGUUCAUCGGCGUUCCGGCCGACUCUGCCAAGUUCAAGACGCGUCCGUCGCAACGCAACGCAUUCAACCCGAUCUGGAACGAUUCGUUUCAGCAGAAAAUUUGGUUGAGAGAUCUGACGUUUGUUCGAUUUACGGUGUGGGACUCGAAUGCGCAGACGCUUCUCUCACAACGGAUCGUACCGCUGCGGUACCUCCGCUUAGGAUAUCGACAUUUGCGGUUGCGGUCUCCUCAGGACAACGCUCUCGAAGUGGCGUCGCUGUUCAUUCGUACGCGAAUGGAAGAGGAGCGGGGCGAAGUCGACGGGUGGUCGUUGCAGGCGAAGUGUACCGAAUGGUGGCUGGCGGACGACGACCAAGGACCGGAAGCGAGCACCGCUUGUCAAGACACGAUGAACGUGGAUACCGCGAAAUCAACGGUCGUGAAUGUAAGCGACGAAUCACGUGAUUUGAAGGUCGGUGGCGAAGACUCGAGAACCAUGGUUGCCGAUGCGAGUGACCAGUAUAGUCUGCCGUCGAGCCCUAAAACGAAAGUCGUUUAUUACGAUUUGUGAUGCGACGCGAUUUUUAUGUAUUUAGUAGAUUUGCUACGAAGAGUAAAUUAACUACCUAAUAAACUGUAAUGGAGAAUCGAAGUAUACGUGAGAGUUUUAUGAGAGUAGCUUGGAUUACAUUUGUAUGUAAAGCUAUACAGUUGCAGCGUAUCUAGAGUAAUAGAAAGUGAUGUUGGUC